GCUGGUUUUUAACACAUUAUACAUAAACAUAUAAAUAGUAUUCACCGAAAACAUCACCACUGUCACAUCACUGAGGGACCAAUUUGCUUUUUUUUUUACUCAUUUUGUGGUGCCCGCUGUUCGCAGUAGAGUAAUGUUACACCACGUGCACGCGCGCGUACUGUGACCUGAAGCGCUCAAGUAGGGAGCCGAUAGUACCAAAACAUCUAAACGUAAAGAGACACACAGACUAAACACAUUUAUUUUUAAUAAACUGGAACACAUGCUAAAGGUUGAAAAAAUAUUUAUGAAGGUUACCAAGUAGGCUAAAAUACCUAGGCUACUUGAUUAAACAUGAUUAUUACUAUUAAUUAUAAUCAGUUCUUUAAUUCAUGACAUCGCAGUGGCUGAAUGGACUCAAGUUUAACUGCACAACCGACUACUACAUGUAAAGUAUAUAUCGUAAAUGUAUGUAUUUUUUUUUUUUUUUUAAAGCAUGUUGUCCCCUUUCUCAAGUGACGUCGGUCCAGUUGUUUUGGGUCGAUCGACCAAUCGGAAGCGCGCCCACAGAUCUACAGGAGCCGACAUGGGUCGAUCCUCGCGCCAGCUUGUAUCCAACGCUACUCAUCAAAACGCCCCCUCGGUAGGUUGCAUGCUCGGGGCUUUCCGUCUGCUGCUGCUUUAAACAGCAGCUCUGACAUGGAAAUCCCAUUGCAGUUGCACAACGAUUUCUAUCCGGAUCAUCAUCAGCAGCAGCACUGUAAGUACCAGCAAUACUGCGGGCGCGAGGACGAGCGCUCCAUCCGUCACUGCACCUGCAAUAACUCCUCCACCUGCGAGGAUGCAAGAAAAAGCCACGGGACGCCGCUGGGAACUUUGAGGACGCCGUCCGUGUCAUCUUCAACCAGGCAAGGUGCUCAGUACAGCGAGUUCACGCCCUCUAGUCAUGGUAGUUCAUCCAGACAUCAUCACCAUCAUCAUCCUCAUCGCGACCAGAACCGGCAGAACAAUCGGGGCAGCACGGCCAGCAGCCACCGAGAGAGUAACUCUUACACCCAAAUAGCCAUGAGCAGCUGCAGAUAUAACGGCGGCGUGAUGCGGCCGCUGAGCAACUUGAGCUCGUCCCGCAGGAACCUGCACGAGUUUGAUUCCGAGUCCCAGCCGCUGCAGCCGGUCUCUGCGGCGGACGCGUCCGACACCGUCGCCUCCAAACCGGAGAAAAACUCCGCCACCCUUAUGCCUUAUUCGGCGGGGGACGGGGGAGGGGGUGGAUGUGGCCACAGCGGUGGGAAGUCGGGCAAAAAGAAGAACCAGAACAUUGGACAAAAGCUCGGGCACCGGAGGGCCCUGUUUGAGAAGAGAAAGCGACUGAGCGAUUACGCGCUCAUCUUUGGGAUGUUUGGCAUCGUGGUCAUGGUUAUUGAGACCGAACUCUCGUGGGGAGCAUACGGAAAGGAGUCACUGUAUUCUUUAGCCCUAAAAUGCCUGAUAAGCCUUUCUACAAUCAUUCUUCUCGGUCUGAUUAUCAUAUAUCAUGCCAGGGAGAUUCAGUUAUUUAUGGUGGACAACGCUGCAGAUGACUGGAGGAUAGCUAUGACCUACGAGCGCAUCUUCUUCAUAUGCCUGGAGAUCUUGGUGUGCGCCAUACACCCUAUCCCAGGCAACUAUACAUUCACAUGGACGGCACGUCUGGCCUUUUCCUAUACGCCAUCCAAGACGGACGCUGAUGUGGAUAUCAUACUGUCCAUCCCCAUGUUUCUUCGUUUGUACCUCAUUGCCCGGGUCAUGUUGCUUCAUAGCAAACUCUUUACCGAUGCUUCAUCUCGCAGUAUCGGUGCCCUCAACAAGAUAAACUUCAACACACGUUUUGUCAUGAAAACCCUCAUGACUAUCUGCCCCGGCACAGUACUGCUGGUGUUCACCAUUUCCCUGUGGAUCAUUGCCGCCUGGACUGUGAGGGCGUGUGAAAGAUACCAUGACAACGCUGAUAUAACCAGCAAUUUCCUUGGAGCCAUGUGGUUGAUCUCAAUAACUUUUCUAACCAUUGGAUAUGGGGAUAUGGUCCCCAAUACAUACUGUGGGAAAGGAGUGUGUCUCCUGACCGGCAUUAUGGGUGCUGGAUGCACUGCUUUGGUGGUUGCUGUAGUCGCAAAAAAACUGGAAUUAACCAAAGCCGAAAAACAUGUACAUAACUUUAUGAUGGACACCCAGCUGACAAAAAGGGUAAAAAACACAGCUGCUAAUGUACUCAGGGAGACAUGGCUUAUUUAUAAAAACACCAAGCUGGUGAGGAAGAUGGACCAUGCUAAAGUCAGGAAACACCAGCGCAAGUUCCUUCAAGCCAUUCACCAAGCUCGAAAGUACCACUAUUGGGCUGUGAAUGGUCUUGUGUUCAGAUUGAGAAGUGUUAAAAUGGAGCAACGCAAGCUGAAUGACCAAGCAAACUCACUAGUGGACCUUGCAAAGACUCAAAACAUCAUGUACGAUCUGGUCUCCGACCUGAACGAACGAGGCGAGGACAUGGAAAAGAGGAUCGAGCUGCUGGAGACCAAACUGGAGACGUUGCUAAGCAACCUACAGGCACUUCCCGGCCUCAUCAGUCAGGUGAUCAGCCAGCAGCAUCGGGACUUCCUGGAAGUGCAGCUCCAGCCGUACGACAGACACAGCCACGACCGCUCGCAGUCCGUGUCCAGGCGCCGAUCGUCUUCCACAGCUCCGCCCACUUCUUCCGAGAGCAGCUAGAGAGCUCCCGGGCCGGCAUCUCCUGAGAAGACUUUCGCCAUCAUAUGGCCAAGUUGCGUUUUACUGUAAAGCCUUAUGGUUUUAAUAAAGUAUUAUCCGAAUUCUGAUGACCCGAUCAGAGGUUAGCGAGGAUAAUGAAACGGUUAACUUCCACAUAUCUUGUUUUUUUACCUCAGUAAAUGAUGCCCACAGCAUCAUAGAGGGACUCUACUCAGUACGCAAUGAUUGCAAGAUGGGGCUAUCAGGUGAGCAAGUCCUUAUUCAGGAAAGUAACGCGACCUCAAUUGGCACAAAGUGCCAGACUAGUGCUUCCUAUCGAAUCGUCCGUCUCCGUAUGUGAAUGAGAUCUGACCUGUUUCUUGAAUCAACAGGCAUUAAUAAUUCUUUAAGCAUGUCUGAACCCAAGACAGGGGCAGAUGAAGAAUGCCUACCCUCCCUGUCCAAAUAGCGAGAAUUUACACACGAAAAAGGUAAAGACACUAUAUAUCUUUUAGGUUAGAAACGGCAUCGGCUGUAGUGUUCUUCUGUUGUAGCCCUCCAAAAGUGACUAUUUUGAGGGACAAACGAUACUGCAAACGACUUACUCUGGAAAAUGAAUGCAUCUGAAUCUAUACUUGCACUUUUUAUCAAUGCACUUCAAUGCUUACUGACUAUAAUAUGAAUUUUUGUUGCUCAUUUCAAUAAAAUGGCACCUUUAGUCAUAAAAAAUGGCCAAAAUGUACAACGAUAAUGAUAGUGUGUAGGUUCAAGCGAACCAAGACCGCAGACAACUCUGGGCCGGUUCCGCGCCGAAGUCAGAGGCUCCGGUGCGGAUCCGGCCUGGAAUCGUCUGCUCUCUGGGAAGGCAGCAAUUUCAAUUCCCUUGCGAUAUUAAAACAAGACCUCAAUUGAAAUGACCGUGCUUCUAAUGUAGAUGUUAGAUUGCUGCUGUUAUUGCGCAGUAAGUUUCCAACCCUCCAUUAGUUCUGGUUGGAACCGACAUAUCUUUAUAAGGUAGCUGAGGGGAAACUCUCACCGUCCACUGUGUGCUCAAGGCUAAAGCAAUCUAAAUGAGAAGAGAUCAACCGAAUGCUAUUUAUAGAUGUAUCAACAUCUGUUUAAAAGCAGCAAAUAUCUUGUAUAUGUUUGGAAAUGCCUAUUUUUGUAUAAUAAUAAUAAGGACAAGCACACCUCCAAAAGCGCAGGAUGCGCUGUUAAGAACUGUGUUUUUGAUGGGGCGAAGAACCAAACCUUUCAAAAUGGGAAAAACAUCGGAAAACUCACAGUUCCAGUGGCUGUUUUUGGGAAGGAUCUUUGCAGGAAGCUGGACAGCGGCAUUGUGUCUUGAGAGUGGCAUACCUUGAACAACCUGUGAAUUUAAAAUCUGUAUUUUAAAAAGGUUAAACAAAACCAUAGCACAAACUAAAGCAGUUUUUUUAGUUAUUGGUCUUGAACGAAGUGUGCAAAAGAUGUUUAUUGUCAUCAGACAGUAAAUAUUGGUUAUAGAUGGCAUGUUAUUGAUAGAUUUGAAUUUGAAAGAUAAAAUGGUGCAUUACAGUACAUAUCCUGGUACACAGCAGCAACACAUCCUAGAAUACUCAGUAAUGUCAUUUGGGGGUUACAGAGACUUACGAAAAGAAAAGAUGGUGGAUUCAGCAGUUUCACCAACAUCUAGGAGUCUAGGAGUGAUUAUAUUGUAUGCAAAAUGAAUAUAAACAAUAAAAUGAAACUAUUUAACAGAAAACC